UCUUUUCGCUUUGUUCUCUCGCUCUCAUCUUUGCGUGCGGUUGUGAGCCUUCGUCACGGGGCUUGUGAGCGGGUAUAGAAAUUCCCAGUCUAUUUUUAGCGCGCUGAUGAUUUGGCGGAAAAAUUACGAGUCUUUUCCUCCCACUUGAGACGGUCGGUUGUAACUCUCGAGAUCGGCGUAUUUGUUUGUUUUUUGUUUUGCUAUAGAUGUUUGUUUAUAUGUUGGUUGAGUAAAUUAAUGAAUAGGGUAUUGGCUGAUUUCUUUAUGAUUCUCAUGUGAGGUUUAGAACCGUUAGACUUGAUCUAGUUAUGGUAGUGAAAGGAUCCUAAGACUGAAAUGAUACUCUUGAAGAUGAUACAAUAAAAACGAAAUUAAAAGGGAAAUGGAUAAACGAACGUAGAAUAACAGAAGACCCCGACCUGCAUCAGGAUAAUGGUAACCAACACGAAAAUAGCUCCCAAUAGUUUUCCUUAUGGAGCGUCAGUGUGCCUCCAGACGUGCCUUGGAGAGAAGCUGGACUGGCAGACUUUGUAGGUUUAUGGACGAAAUAGCAGAGCAUGAUGGAAACAUGUUGAGUGAUUAAGUGGCGAAGCAAACAUUUCAUAUGAAGGAAGUAUAAGAUUUGUGUAAAAUAUUUUUUAGUCAUGUUCAAAAGAAAAACCAAGGUGUCGAUAGUCAUUCUUUCUUUCGUUGUAUAUUUUUGUCAUCAGAUCUUGGUGCCAGAUUCCAAGAUCUCGUUCAGCGAGGGUAGGUCUCUGCUCGCCGGCAGUGCCUGGGACCCUGGUGAAUUAAAUAAAGAGCAGGAAGGUCAGUGUCGAGCUUUGUUCAAAAUAUCAGGCGUUUAUCACCCGAAGAACAACCAUCGUUCAGGCGCCAAAAGUUCGGAGAAUGUUCCUUCUUGGUACACGGGCAGCGAGUUCGUGGAGAUGGCCAAGCGUCGAGUGAGGACCUUCCUGGAAGACAUAUCGAGGCGUCCUGGAGGGCCGUCGACGCAAGACUACAGAUCCCUGGGAAGUGAUCUGCCGCGUCUCCUCUACUACCGUCGGGAGAAGGCCGAGUCCUCCCUUCGUGGCACCCUGGCAUCGAGUCUGACAAAAUCCGACGAAGAAUUAGUGCCAGUCAGUCGAAUGAAACGGCCUCUUGACACUCAAAAGGACACGGAGAAAGUUUUCUUCAUGGACAGGUUUCAGACUACUGACGGCGACCUCCCUUUCGUCCCCUGCCGCGUCAGGAGAUACACGAGGACUGACAUCAACGCCUGUUUUAGGAAACGACUCGAGAAGAAGAAGCAGUUCACGAUGUUCUUCCUCGGUGAUUCGAAGAUACGGAAUAUGGUGGUAGAAUUCUUGAAUACGACGAGCUACUUGGACUAUACUGUCUUUCGUAAGAACGAGUCGUGGCCAUGGACAGUUUACCGUGCAAUGCUGGAGGAUGAGGACAUACGUUUCUCUGACUUCGAGGUAACGGCUGCGUCUCACCCCGGUCUGCGGGUUAUCUUCAAAUUUCGACGUUUCUGGGAAUGGAGAGACAUUGAUUCGUCGGACGAGGUGAAGAUCCUGAAGAAGUGGGCGGAAGGAACCCAGCCUGUGCCCGAUCUGCUGGUUGUAGGAUACACCUCAUGGAUGUUCUACACAAUCACACAUCGCUUGCAGUACGACCCCAACUUCCAGCUCGACGUGCUGGACAUCCUCAUGAGGGUGCAUGAGGUGGUCGUCCCGCUCCUGCAGAGAGUCGCCGACAGAACCCGAGUCCUGGUUCACGCCGACACCCGACUUCGACCCCACAGCCAGAGCAAGAAGCCACAUCAUCGCCUCGCCAUGAAUGCUGUUUUUCAAGACUUUAUGGAAGACUGGAGUGAGAUGAUGUUCAGGUUCUUCGAGAAGUUUGGAAGGACUCGUCUGACCAAGAGGAGGAGGCUCGUGGCGCGCAGGAUGCCCUUGGAAGGAGGUCUUGAGCAUAUGUUCCACGUGGUCGAGGAGAUUACAAGCGGAGGUCGACCGUCCGCGGGCUUCGACGACGCGCCUCCGCCUCAGAGGACCCAAGUAGACGCCGUUCGAGACCACCUCCUCCCGGAUAGCAACGGCCUCUGGUGGUGGGACACGUCUCUCCCGCUCAACAUGGCGGCGAUUACCGAGUGCAGCGAUCUCCACAACCGCAACUUGACGCACCUUCCACAGUAUAGUGACCCUGUCCUGCGGUGCGAGGACCACCACCACUCCGGAACGGCGACGCUCCACUUCGAGGUCCACAUGCUCCUCAACCUCUUGUGUAAUUCGCACUUGGCUGUCAGUCCCCGCUUCUGCUGUUCAUGACAUUUAUAGCAAUUUAAUAUGUGCGCUUCCGAACGUAAAC